UUGGUCUGAGCGCUAUCCGCCGCUGGCCACGUCAACAGGAAGUAGCCCAUCUGUAAACUUCAUCAUGCGACGUGUUUGAUUGAACUAGUGGAAGGUUGAGAGUCAGAACCGUGUUUGGGUUUCAGAGCAGUAUUUCAGAGAUACCGGUCCAUUGAACAGUAUUUCCACCUGAAGUGUAAGCUUGCAGUCAUGCCCAGUACAAGAGGAGUUCGGACAGGGCACCGUGGAGCGGUGUUCUUUGCCCUGUUUGUGAUUUUGAUCAUGGAUGUCCAAACACGACCCGCAAACAUAUCAGUCCACAGAAACAAACAUGCCACCGGUAAGGAAGACAACGAGAUCCUUCCUCCUGACCACCUAAAUGGUGUUAAAAUGGAAAUGGAUGGCCACCUGAACAAGGACUUCCAUCAAGAAGUGUUUUUGGGAAAGGAGAUGGAGGAGUUUGAUGAAGACUCCGAGCCCAAGAAGAACCGCAAGAAAUUAAUUGAAAUUUUUAGCAAAGUUGAUAUCAAUAAGGACAGAAGUGUCAGCGCUAAAGAGCUCCAGCGCUGGAUCAUGGAGAAAACUGAAGAGCACUUCCAAGAGGCGGUGAAAGAGAACAAACUUAAUUUCCGUGCUGUCGAUCCAGAUGGAGAUGGACAUGUGACGUGGGAUGAGUACCGGGUGAAGUUUUUGGCCAGCAAAGGCUUCAAUGAGAAGGAGGUGGCUGAGAAGAUAAAAAAUAACGAAGAGCUUAAAGUGGAUGAGGAAACCCAGGAGAUACUGGAAAGUCUGAAGGACCGCUGGUUCCAGGCCGAUAACCCUCCAGCAGACCAGUUGCUGAACGAGGAGGAGUUUCUCUCCUUCCUUCACCCAGAGCACAGCAGAGGCAUGCUCAAAUACAUGGUCAAGGAGAUCAUCAGAGACCUGGAUCAAGAUGGAGACAAAGAACUGACGCUGUCCGAGUUCAUCUCUCUGCCCAUGGGCACGGUGGAGAACCAGCAGGGUCAGGACAUUGAUGACGACUGGGUUCGUGAGAGGAAGAAGGAGUUUGAGGAGGUCAUCGACGCCAACCACAACGGCAUUGUCACCAUGGAAGAGCUUGAGGAAUACAUGGACCCCAUGAACGAGUACAACGCUCUUAACGAGGCCAAGCAGAUGAUCGCUGUUGCCGACGAGAACCAGAACCACAACCUAGAACUGGAGGAGAUCCUUAAAUACAGCGAGUACUUUACCGGCAGCAAAUUCAUGGAUUAUGCCCGCAAUGUACAUGAGGAGUUUUAGGACGUUCUCCCCGAUUCUAUAAAGAGAAACCUUUAUUUUGCCCAACAAUUAAACAGUACACACACUCCUUACAGGAUCGCAUAUGGGUUCGCUUCCUAGGGAUCUGAUUGGCUCAUUGGAGAGUGAGUGUGUCCAUGUGUGUUUGUAUGGAUGCUUGAAGCAGCAUUUAGAAUGUUAAUGUCUCACUGUAAUGCAUUCAGAAUUUUCUGAUGUUCCUCUUUUAAUAUUUUCAUGCAUCACCAUCAGAAUCUGCUGUCUGUUCCAGCUGCUUUUACUGAAGUGCUGAUUAAUGAAGUUAUUUUUUAUGAGGGGAAUAAAAUAAUUGCUUUUAGGUAUAACCAUGUCUUUUGGUGCCUCUUUGCGGAGAGGGGAGAGAGAGAGAGGAAGUGAGAGAGAGGGGGAGAAGAUUUGUAAAAAAAAAUGGAUGAAGCCUUUUCAUGUGAAAUGUAAAUAAUAUUCUUGAAAAAUGCUAUGAUAUUUAAACGUUUGAUUUUCACAAGGACAUGCCCUUGACCCGUGGACACCUGCUGUUUCCAGAGUUCAAGGGCUAACACGAUAAAAGAACAGUAAUGCCAAAAAAAGUCAAACUGUAACACUGGUAUGUAUUUUUUUUUUUUUUUUUUUUUUUUUUUAAAGAAAGAAAACUUCUCAAAUUGUUGCACUCAAGAUGUCUAGUUAUUUAGUUUUAUUAUAUAUGUAUGUGCAUUUUCUUAAUUCACAAGAAAAGACCCCACCCCCCACCCCCCCGUAUGGCCGGUGUUUCUAUUUGCACUGUAUAAAUGAGCAGUUAUUAACAAGAUUAUUGUUGGGUAAUUAUACAGUCAUAGCAUACCCACCCACUCGCCUCCUUCAUAUUCCUCUGAGAAGAAGGGAUUAUGGAUUCUCCAGAUGUUUUGACUGAACAGGGACAUACCCAGAACAAGCUGGUCUAAAUAAAAUUAGCAGCUCAGUGACUCUGGUAACUUCACUGGUACUGUGAGACUAUAAUACCUCCCAUGGAUCUCGUGUGCAUUAACUUUCAUGUAAAUCCCUUGAAUCAAAUGCAAAGCAAAAGAUUUCUUUUUGCUUCUUCCCAAGACUAAAAUUUUAUACUUAAAAUGAAGUCUGUUGCCAUUUAUUGUAAAAUUUGGGUGCAUUGAUGGAUUAUAUCAAACACAUUAUUAUUAGUAUUAUUAUAUAAAUAGUAUUUUCUUACAUUUUUACAAGUAUAGUUUAAGUAAUAAUUAAUAGGUUCCCCCAUUCUUCUCUGAGAGUUUUGCUUUGCAUUUGAUUCUAUUCUUAUAAAGUAUGCUCUCUCUCGACUAAUUUAUUACCAUCUUGUGCAUGAUAUGAGUUGAUGAAGCCAUGUUUGUACAAUAUGAUGCCUUUGUCCUGUGUAAAUGUUUGAUUUAAAGCUGUUUCUUUCAGCUGUGUGCCCACAUUUUCUCUCAGCUGCUGAAUGUCUUGGGUUUUAUGUGUUUAAACAAUGCUGUAUAAAUUGAUUUAAGACUUUUGCCUCUAUUCUGUUCAUGGUAAAAAAUGAAACAAAAUAAAUAAAAUUUAAGUCAUGUGGCAAUA